UUCAACAACAAAAAAGAAGAAAUUGUCUACCGAAGAACUACGCCGGGUGGACAGAACUGAUAGUAAAGUGCAUUGAGUCCAAAGGCGUUCUUUAAUAAGUUAGUAAUUUGUUUAAAGAAUAUUUCGUUGUAUCCUUGUGAAAAAUACGGUCCAAAAUGCGUUAUCACCAGCUAAUUCUCCUCGGAUUGGCGACGCUUGCUCUGGUGCAGUGCGUAAGUGCAGCCGAGAAACUGAAAAUAGGCGUUAAGAAACGUGUCGAUAACUGCACCGUGCGCUCGAAAAAGGGUGACCUAGUCCACAUGCAUUACACGGGAACACUCGAGGACGGAACGGAAUUCGACAGUAGCAUUCCGCGUGGUGAUCCGCUUACGUUCACCCUUGGCAUGGGCCAAGUAAUAAAGGGUUGGGACCAAGGAUUGCUAGGAAUGUGCGAGGGUGAAAAACGGAAGCUUGUCAUCCCGCCAGAGCUGGGCUACGGGGAGCGUGGAGCUGGCGAGAAAAUCCCACCUAAUUCGGUGCUUAUUUUCGAGGUGGAGUUGAUGAAAAUAGAGCGCAAAACAGAACUCUAAUUGAAUGUACUGCUUUGGCGUUAAGGCCUCUGUGCUUGUGCACGAUAUCAAAGUGAAAAUAAACACUUAUUUUUACUAUUC